GUCUCCGCUGAGAGAGAGAGAGAGAAUAGAGAGACUGACUCGGAUAAUGAGGGUUUUACAUAUCUCGGCAAGAUUUUUAUUUUAUUAAUUAUUAUACUCUUUCUUCUUCUUUUUCUUAUAUAAUGUCAUCAUCACAAGCACUGUUAGAGCCUACGGGUAAAAGAAUUGCACUUCCAGUACGUGUUGAACCCAAGGUUUUUUUCGCCAAUGAACGCACAUUUCUCAGCUGGUUAAAUUUCACAGUGGUAUUAGGUGGACUUGCCAUGGGAUUACUGAAUUUCGGUGAUCGUAUCAGUCGAUUAUCUGCUAUGCUAUUUAUUGUUACUUCCAUGUUUGUCAUGCUUUAUGCUUUGUACACCUUUCAUUGGCGUGCCACCAAGAUUAGAAAUAGAGAAGCUGCUCCGUACGACGAUCGUGUGGGUCCUACCGUUUUGUGCAUCUUUUUAAUUAUUGCCGUCGCCUUUAACUUUUACCUCCGUUUGGUCAAUCCUCCCCAACAAUGAAAAUUCAUACCCGGAGAG